AUGACAGGCGACUGCGCCGUGAACAACACUUGCCCCUUUGAUGGCGGCUUCCUCAACUACGAGCCUUCGGUAGCCGGCAGCGCCAUCCUCUUGGCGGCUUUCGCCCUGUUGGUGCCGCUGACCUUUUACCAAGGCUAUCGAUUCAAGACGCCUCUUUUCGCAUCCACCUUGGCCACCGGCAUCCUGUUGGAGGUCUUGGGGUUCGCGGGAAGGCUGAGGCUGAAGGGUCACCUCGCCAGCGAGACAUCGUUUUCGCUGUGGCUCCUCGGGACUGUUCUUGGACCGACUUUGAUCUCGGCGGCGCUCUGCCAGGUGCUCCCUCAUAUCGUCGCUCUGUACGGCCUCGGUAUAGGCUUCACCCGGCCCAGAGUCGCCGGGCUGUUCCUCGUCUUCGCCCUUCUGCUUGUUGUUGCGUUGGAGAUCGCCGGUGUCGUUGCUGCCGUCUUCGGGCUCGGCGGCGUCCAGACGACCACCAUCCUCCUUGCAGGCCUGGGCAUUCAGAUAGCGGCACUAUUUCUGUUCGUCGGCCUGUACCUCUGGUUCACGCACAAGAUCCCAGACCCGAAGCAUAUCGCCGUAUACCAAGCACCGCGGUUCAGGCACUUCGUAAAAGUAAUGCCUACGCUCGCUGUCGUCUUGGUCGCCCACACCAUCUACCGCAUCGUCGAGUAUAGAGAAGGCCUCGGCAGCUCACUCGCCCAGACUGAGGUUGCGUCCUUGAUCAUCAGCGGCGCCUUGCCGUUGCUGGUAUGCAUAAUCUUAUGCAUCUACCACCCAGGCGCUGCUUUCGGCCGGGCCUGGGGCCUCACGUCUCCGGGAUUUCGCCGUCAAUCUCUGCGAUCCCGUCGUCGUCAAGGUUCGACACCUCUCCAGUCUCCGACCCACCCAUGGGACAAACACAAGGGCCCUCGUCAGCCCGGCUUCACCGCCUCAAGAUACCCGGAGAAGAUGUCGCCCGUCGGUGUCGGACAGGUUUCCUUGCGGGACUCUACGAUGGCAAGCAAGGUUGCCGGUAGUCCCGGGCAGAGAUCGGUGGCGUACCCAAGCCCGAUCACCGAGAACCACGCUCUCGAGGCCGCACAGCAGCAGUCUGGCCAGCCAUCGGCGAAUGGGAACAGUAAGAGGUCGAGCGGGAAUCCGAUGGUGAACAGCGAAGAGCUGUGGUAG